CUAAUCUACGCUUACCAGUCAAGGCAACUAACUUCGUUUGACGGCCAAAGCAAAGGACGCGCGCCGGCACGAGAAAUCCGUUGCCGUGCUCCAUCGGACCAAGCAGCGCAGCAUCGUCAUGGAAACUCGCUAGGGUUUCCGAUCGGCCCUGUUCUCCUCCUCCAGGUACAUUCCGAGAUGGCGCCUUUUCGCUCGCUAGGAUUCAUCCUCAUCCUCGCCUUCGCCCCUUUCCUUCCCUCGUUGGAAUCCGCCUGUCGGAGCGGCUGCGAACUCGCCCUCGGGGCCUACUACGUAACCCCCAACGUCAACGCCAGCUACAUCGCACCCCUCUUCGACAUCCCCGGCUUCAACGAUCUCGGACCUUACAACCCCAGCGUCCGUGACCUCAACAGCAUCCUGAGCGGUAACCGACUGCAUGUCUUCUUCAGCUGCGAUUGCAUCAAUGGCGAAUUUCUGGGCCACAAUUUCUCCUACCAAGUCGUCUCGGGGGAUACCUACACAAGCAUCGCCAGCGACGUGUACGGCAGCCUGACAACGGUGGCUGCGCUUUCCCAUUUCAACAGCUUCCCAGAGAAUAACGUGCAGGCUGGGGCGAACAUCAAUGUGAUUGUCAAUUGCUCUUGUGGAGAUAAGGCGGUGUCGAGUGCCUACGGCCUGUUCGAGACUUACCCGAUCCACCCGCCGGACAACCUGUCAUCCAUAGCCGCCGCUUACAACUUCACCUCGCAGGAGGCUUUGCUGCAGAAUUAUAACCCCGGGUCAAAUUUCACUUCCGGAACGGUGUUUAUACCAACCACAGACCCAACUGGAAGCUAUCGCCCUCUUUCCUCAAGUGCAGGAAUUUCUGGGGGUGCUAUUGCUGGGAUUAUUGUAGCUGUAAUUGUUGCAUUACUAUUGGGAAUUUGUUUAUACAUAUACCAUCGAAGGAGAAAGAAGACAAAGAAAGCCUUGUUCCUGUCACCAACAGAAGCAGAAGCUUCAAUAUACAGUGCAGGAGUUACAUCCCGUGUGGAUAGUUCCCCAUUUGCAGGCAUUACUGUUGACAGAUCAGUGGAAUUCUCUUAUGAAGAGCUUGCUAGUGCUACCGAUGAUUUUGGCCUGACAAAUAAAAUUGGAGGGGGUGGAUUUGGAAUUGUUUAUUAUGCGGAGCUUAGAGGAGAGAAAGCUGCAAUCAAGAAAAUGGACAUGCAGGCAACUAAUGAAUUUCUUGCUGAAUUGAAAGUCUUAACAAAUGUCCAUCACUUGAAUUUGGUGCGUUUGAUUGGAUACUGUACUGAGGUUUCCUUGUUCCUUGUUUACGAGUUCAUUGAAAAUGGUAACUUAAGUGAGCAUUUGCGUGGGCUAGGUAGUCGAGAGCCUUUGCCAUGGCUUACAAGGGUACAAAUUGCCCUUGAUUCAGCCAGGGGUCUGGAGUAUAUCCACGAGCAUACAGUUCCAGUGUAUAUACAUCGUGAUAUUAAAUCACCUAAUAUUUUGAUAAACAAGAACUUCCGAGCAAAGGUUGCAGAUUUUGGUUUAGCAAAACUCACUGAAGUAGGUGCAUCUUUGCAAACAAGGCUUGUUGGUACAUUUGGUUAUAUGCCUCCAGAAUACGCACAGUAUGGUGAAGUUUCUCCAAAGGUGGAUGUCUAUGCAUUUGGAGUUGUUCUUUAUGAACUUAUUUCUGCGAAAGACGCAAUUGUGAAAACCGAUAGCUCGGCUACAGAAUCAAGGGGAUUGGUUGCUCUGUUUGAUGAGACCCUUGGCAAACCUGAUCCAAAGGAAGAACUGAAAAAGCUUGUUGAUCCGAGGCUCGGUCAGGACUAUCCACUCGACUCUGUUCUUGCGAUGGCCUGGCUCGCAAAGUGUUGCACUCAAGAAAAUCCCCUGCAGAGGCCAAGCAUGAGACAAAUAGUAGUAUCGUUGAUGACACUAUCUUCGGCGACCGAAGAUUGGGACAUGGGCACCUUCGCGAACCAAUCGCUAGUCAAUCUGAUGUCAGGAAGAUAGGAUGCCAUCAAGUUCUUUUCCUUGGGUGAGUGUACUUCAUCCUCCACUCUUUAAGUCAUUAUUUUUAAUUGUCAACAAUAAAUUGCUCUGUAUAAUAUUAUUAUUCAUCAGUUGGUCACUAAUAAACGUGUAAUGUAAAGGAGCUAAUGGUGAUGUAUAAAUUUGUUUUCAACUAGUGUUUUGAGAUCCAAUUCAGUUGAGUCAACAAUACCAA